GCUGCGACAAGUUAUCCCCGCGCGCUAGCGGCUUCUGGGGCCCGCGCGUCCGAAGCAGUAGCACGUGGCGUCCCCGCACGCCACAGUGGUACAUUCCGGCGCUACGGCGUCCCAGUGCGGCCGUAAAGGCUGCGGCGGCGGCGGUUCGCGUUUCUCGUGCCCGCAUGACUGACAGCUGCUCGGCGGGAGCGGCGUCGAGCAGGAGACCGCGCUCUCAGGCUGAGUGGACAGAACAUCCUGCCCUGGCCAUAAGGGCAGCACAGCCGCCCUGAGUCACAGCGGCCUGGGGUCUGGCCCAUGCUCAGCUGCAGAAGCUGCUAUUUACUGGAGCUCUGACUUUCUAGGAGAGGACCUGGACCAGAGAACCCUGAGGCCGCCCCCUUUCAGCCCAUUUGCCUGUCCCCGGGCACUUGCUCCUCCCUGGCUCUGUGUCUCAGGCCUGUCCUGAGCUCUGAAUCAGGCUAGACCUGAGGACCUUGGAGAGUUCAGAAGUCAGCCCUGCUCCGUGCCUCCAACCUGGCUGAUGUGUCCCUCCGUGUGCAUUUGGGGGCAGAAGUAGGCUGGGACCUGGGCCAGCUCAGGCACACACAGAGGCACAGGUUAUAGUGCCUGCCAGCUGGCCAGCUCAAAAAAUCCCUCUCCCCUGAGCUCAACCCUGCGCUGGCUGUGCUGACCGUUCACCAGUCCACUGGUCUCUUUCCCGUGGUGAGCCAAGAGCUGAAGCGCUGCAGCAUGGCGCGCGGCUGCCUCCAGGGUGUCAAGUACCUCAUGUUCGCCUUCAACCUGCUCUUCUGGCUGGGAGGCUGUGGCGUCCUGGGUGUUGGUAUCUGGCUGGCUGCUACACAGGGGAACUUCGCCACCCUGUCCUCCUCCUUUCCGUCGCUGUCAGCUGCCAACCUGCUCAUCGUCACAGGCACCUUCGUCAUGGCCAUCGGCUUUGUGGGCUGCAUUGGGGCCCUCAAGGAGAACAAGUGCCUGCUGCUCACCUUCUUCCUGCUGCUGCUGCUGGUGUUCCUGCUGGAGGCCACCAUUGCUGUGCUCUUCUUCGCCUACACUGACAAGAUUGACAGGUACGCCCAGCAAGACCUAAAGAAGGGCCUGCAUCUGUAUGGCACACAGGGCAACGUGGGCCUCACCAACGCCUGGAGCAUCAUUCAGACUGAUUUCCGCUGCUGUGGUGUCUCCAACUACACGGACUGGUUUGAGGUCUACAAUGCCACCCGUGUGCCUGACUCCUGCUGCCUGGAGUUCAGUGACAGCUGUGGGCUGCAUGCGCCUGGCACCUGGUGGAAGGCGCCCUGCUAUGAGACGGUGAAGGCCUGGCUCCAGGAGAAUCUGCUGGCUGUGGGCAUCUUUGGGCUGUGCACGGCACUGGUGCAGAUUUUGGGCCUGACCUUCGCCAUGACCAUGUACUGCCAAGUGGUAAAGGCGGACACCUACUGCGCUUAGACCACGGGCCACCCUGCUUCUCUGCCAAAGGACACCACCCACCAGGGACAGGGCUGUAUCCAAACCUGCCCCCACACAUCGCAGGACUUGGUGCUCUGCUGGGCUCAGGGGAGAGGCUGGUGCCCUGAACCCCCAGGACCCCAUUCCUGGAAUGCUUCAGCAUGGGCAGCCAUGGGGUCUCCUGCCUACAUGGGAGGGGCUUUGAUACUUUUUUAUGUCUUCCAGAGCAGUGUUCACAUGGGAUGGGGGGGUGCUGGGCCAUGGUCCCCUUUGCCCGAGGACAAUGGGGGAGUAGGUCUGACCCCUUGGAGACCCUGCACAGGUCCUGGUGCUCCAGACAGGCUGGGCCCCCAUCAUCCAUUUCUGAGGGGCUGCAGCUCCAGGUGCAUCCUAAUAAAGUGCGUGAGCAGCC